CAAUGCGGUAUUUAUGUGCAUUAUUGCAACCUGGAUGGAGGAAUAGAUUUAAAUCGCAGUUGAUGAAGAAUAAUUUAACCCACAUAGCAACCUGAUCUGGACAGGAAGCUUCUUCAGAUUGGCAUUGCUUGACUUUAGUCAGUACUGGUUCACUAGAAACUUAAUAUGACCAGAGAAUAUGAGAUGUGACACUGGCGGCAUAGUUUUAUUAUGGCAAAACAAAAUAUUUGAGACAUAUUUGUAGAUAUUUGAGUCUGAGACAAAAUUAGAAUGUUUGGUUCACAUUAUUAUAGCCAGAGAAGUGGUGUGGAAUUACUUAAUACACUUCAACUUUUAAUAUUUUAAAGACUACAAGGAGACAAUGUUUUAGACACUGAGCAAAGUUAGGGGAAGAACUUGAGUGCUUAUGGUCAACAUUAAAUGGGAUAAUUCUCUUCUUCAUUCUAGAGGUCAUGACACUAAAUAGAAAGUAAAAAGUCAGAGUGAGUAGGAGUAUAUUAAGUAUAUUUGCUUCACAGUCCAAAAUGUUAGUUUUUACAGGUUGUUAAAUACGGGCCCUAAUUCAAAGAUCGGACCUGUUUUAUUACUUUUCUACUCUACUUUGUUCUCUUGAGUCCUAUUCUCACUUUGUAACGUUCUACAACAUUCUGUGGCUGCUUUUUCCUUUCAUCCACUGUGUUCCUGAACGUACCCCUGUUGCUGUGUGCGCGUUCACGCAGUGGGCUGCGCGUCCCAGUCAUGUGACUACCCCUUAUCACGCCUGCGCAAAGAAAUACAAGAUGGCGGAGAGUGCGGAACUGAAGCAAAUGGUGAUGAGCCUGCGGGUGUCAGAGCUGCAGGUGCUGCUGGGCUACGCUGGGCGCAACAAGCAUGGACGCAAGCAUGAGUUACUGACCAAGGCACUGCAUCUGUUGAAGGCCGGCUGUAGCCCCGCCGUGCACAUGAAGAUCAAAGAGCUCUACAGACGACGCUUCCCUGCCAAAAUGGUGUCCCAUUCAGAACUGGCCCUUCCUGGACCGCACCACCCUGCCACAGCUGGAGUGGUUGGAGGAGGGGGCGCCGCUCUCCCCGCUGGCCUGACUCAACUGGCAUAUGAGGGUCAUGCUGGUCAUGGUGGAACCCCAUCUCCCGCUGCAUUACUCCCCCUUUCACUACUCGGCCCUGAGAAACAUGAGUUGACCAGGCUGACGCACCACCUGCCCACCUCGGCCACGCUGCAUCCGGUCCACCCAGAUGUCAAGCUCCAGAGGCUGCCCUUCUACGACAUGCUGGACGAGCUCAUCAAGCCGACCAGUCUAGCGUCAGACAACAGCCAGAGGUUUCAGGAGACAUGUUUUGCCUUUGCAUUAACGCCACAUCAAGUCCAGCAGAUCAGCAGCUCAAUGGACAUCUCGGGGACCAAAUGUGACUUCUCAGUUCAAGUUCAGUUGCGGUUUUGCUUGUCAGAAACGAGUUGUCCUCAGGAAGACCACUUUCCACCCAAUCUGUGUGUGAAAGUCAACGGGAAGCCUUGUAACCUGCCGGGUUAUCUUCCUCCAACCAAAAACGGUGUCGAGCCCAAGCGGCCCAGCCGACCUAUCAACAUAACCUCACUGGUCAGAUUGUCCACCACAGUCCCCAAUACCAUUGUGGUGUCAUGGACCGGUGAGAUUGGAAGGAGUUACUCCAUGGCAGUGUACCUGGUGAAGCAGCAGUCGUCCACAGUACUGUUACAGAGACUACGGGCAAAAGGCAUCAGAAACCCAGACCACUCCAGAGCACUCAUCAAAGAGAAGCUAACAGCAGACCCAGACAGUGAAAUAGCCACAACCAGCCUUCGAGUGUCGCUGCUCUGUCCGCUGGGGAAGAUGCGGCUGAUGAUCCCAUGCCGCGCGCUGACUUGCUCCCAUCUGCAGUGCUUUGACGCCACACUCUACAUCCAGAUGAAUGAGAAGAAGCCCACCUGGGUGUGUCCUGUCUGUGACAAGAAGGCCCCAUAUGAACACCUCAUCAUUGACGGGCUCUUUGUGGAGAUCCUCAACAGCUGCAUGGACUGUGAUGAGAUCCAGUUUAAGGAGGAUGGUAGCUGGGCCCCCAUGAGGUCUAAGAAGGAGGUGCAGGAGGUCUCCUCUGCUUCUUAUAACAACGGGCUGGAUGGUUCAUGCCGGACGUCCGCAGACUCAGAUCAACGGAGCUCCUCGUCGUCCAGCCACGGCGGCAGCGACAGCAGUAACGGCAAAAAAGUGGAAGUGAUUGAUUUAACACUGGACAGCUCCUCAGACGAUGAAGGACAGGAUUCGCCGCCUCCUCCUCCGCCACCGCCACUGCCUCCUCCGAUCAAAAGAGCAUGUCCUUCCUUGUCCCCAACCUCGCCCCCCAUCAUCAACAAAGGAGUGUUGAACCUGCACCACCAGGCCUCUCCUGUGAACCGUGCCCCCAGCAUGCCAGCGGUGGACACCAGCUACAUCCCCCCUGUCCCCCCACUUAUCCAGGAUUACAGGCCAUACUACCACCCCCCCAGUGACCUGUCAGAGCUGAACUUCUUCUCUUUUCUUCAAGGCGACAAUCAUCAGCAUUACAACAUGGUGAUGGCAGCAGCGGCUGCUGCUUCAGCCUCAGACGACCACGAGCUGCUCCUCAAUCGCUUUCUGCCCUACAGCACCUCCUCCUCCUCUGCCUCCCAGCUGUUUCUUGACCAAUCAGGAGCCUCCUCAGCAGCCACUUCGCUCACUGUGCCGACCAACGGGGUGAGCAACUCGGGUGGAGGCAGCUUGGUCUCACCUGGCAGCCUCCAUGACACUCACUCCACACACUCGGGCUCACACUCCGCACACACACUCCCUGGGGUGGUGGCCAGCCGCAGCAGUACAGAGGCAGCAGUGGCAGCUAUUUACGGUGGUAUACCUGACGUGAUAUCUUUGGACUGACUCAGAAAGAGUCAAGGAUACACUUUGGGUCCAGGUACGAUCCAUUAACAAACCCAAUCACAGACUGUUUGAUUGCAGGGUAAAAGUUUUGAUCCAGAAAACUAGACUGGCCCCAAGUCAUCAAUUCCGGACAUCCGUGGAAUCAUGAAGACAAGACCGCCUCAAGAAGGGCGCUAAUGUUAUGAGUGGGCAACAGGCUGAGGGUUCCCUUCGCUAGAUUGACCUCUGAGACCAGUACUGACUCGUAACUACAUGGGCUAGCUGUGGACGCUGUGUUAGAAUACUGACUUCAGAUUUGAAACCUGUCCAGCAUGUGAACCCUUGUUGCUGCUACGUGUAUACUGGUACCAAUCUGGCACAAACAGCAAAGAUGCUACCUGAGCAAAAACACAAAGGAAAAAUGCUCUUUUUUUUUUACAAAAACAAGCCGUGGCACCAUGUACAGAGAACAAAAUAUAUUUUCCUCUUUUACUUUUAUAUGUUAAAUUGGGACAUUUACAGUCUAGUGAGCUGCUUCAGUUGCUGUUUUUAAGUGGAGAACUGUUUUUUUUCCUCACAGAAGCUUAUACAUAAUGCCUGUUGCCAUGUGGUUAUCAGUUUUCUUCUCUUUGAGCUCUUUCCUGUAGAAAUUUUCCUUUUGCAUUUCUACAGUAUAAACUUCAACUCUCUCUCCCUCUCUUCUUCUCUUGUUUUAAAUUCACAGUGUAUUAUUUCUUGACAAGAAACGACAAGAACAUUUCAUAUGCUGAAUUUACAGUUUAAUCAUGUACUAAUGUUUUUAUGCUUUUAAGUUAUGUAUGAUAUUUAAACAGUGAUAUAUAUAUGUAGGCAUUCCCUUUAACCUUCAGGUUAAUUGUGUGGGGAGUGUGCAGGUGGGAAAUGAGCCAUUUCUGGUUUAUUUCGCUCCUUCAUUUCCAACUCCUUAUAAAGACAUACAACAUUUAAAAAUGUAUACUUCUAGACUAUUUAUACUUAUACUAAUUUAGAAUUUUGAGCUGCAAAAGUUUCUUUUGCUUUCUUUUUUUGCACAAUGCCAAAAAAAUUUACUUAUGGUACUUAUGAAAAUUCUCACAAUAAUCAGAUUGCAGUCACAUUUAUCUUUUGCCACAGUGUUUUCAGUCAAGUAUCUGCUUCUUCAGCUGUGUUCCUUUGUCUUUUUUUAGUUUCAUGUUUUUCAUUUGACUGUUAGAAAUGAAUUAUGAAGAAGAUUAAGCUGCUGAAGCAGCGUCAGGCAUUUUAAAGAGACAGGCAUCCAUGAUGUGUACCACAACUCUGCUGGGAUGAGGUUAAACGGGUGCCUGAUUCGCUGCAUGUUUGGGAGGUUUUUCAAUCUCAGUAUGUUAAAUGGUCUCCUCCAACCUGUGCCCCACCCCUGUCGACACAUUUCGUGAAGGUUUGACUUUUGACUGAUAUCUUUAACUGUCUAGGGAGUUAUCUUUGGGAAAAUGAGUGUAAGCUGGUUGUGUAAUACCACAGUGAAAGAGGGAGAUCUCACCAUGGCACAGAGCCAGCUGGUUUAAAAAUACAUGACCUGCGUGAAACCCUACAAGAUAACCACUGUAUGAUGUGGAAGUGUCAAAGCGAGGUGCAUAGUAUUUUGGAUUACCUCCAUGUUGUCGCCAUUCAACUGAAAACACAGGGUUUGCUUAUGAAUGUAUUGUACAAUUUGGGGUCUUUUCUUCCAUUAUGGUUAUUAACAGAACCACGUUGUAGAGAUCCGCUGUAGCCGUGGGCACAGCGCUAUUGACGCACAGCAGUCAA